GAGCAAGAUUUGCCAAUAGGAGCGAGGCAAUCUCACCUUAUCCACACGCCCACCACAACCUUAAAUUACAUCCAUCAUCCAUAGCAACAAGCCAAAGAAGAGAAAAUAAUAAUAUGAAUAACAACCCACAAAACUUGGGUCUUGCAAAUUAAGUUCAUUUUUCUCCUUUUCACUCUCGUAGACAUCACAAACCUUCCCUCCAUUCAUCCCACGCAUGGCUGCCAUGAACUCUAGCGUAUUGGCCUGUAGCUAUGCCAUAUCAGGUGCAGCGUGUUCGGAGCUCAAUGGGAAGGUCACUUCCGUGGCCUAUGUUGCAUCCUCUGGCUACAAGUUGCCAUUGAUCAAAGCUGAGGCCAGAGUUCCUAAAGCCAAAGAAUCUGAAGGAGGAAGGAGAGGUGCCCUUGUUCUCUUGGCAGCUACCCUUUUCACCUCUGCAGCUUCCAAUUCUUCUGCCAAUGCUGGGAUCAUUGAAGAUUACCUUGAGAGGAGCAAGGCCAACAAGGAAUUGAAUGACAAGAAGAGGUUAGCUACUACUGGAGCAAACUUUGCAAGAGCAUACACCGUGGAAUUCGGUAGUUGCAAGUUCCCUGAGAACUUCACUGGUUGCCAAGAUCUUGCCAAACAAAAGAAAGUGCCAUUCCUUAGUGACGACUUGGAGCUUGAAUGUGAAGGAAAGGACAAAUACAAGUGCGGUUCUAAUGUUUUCUGGAAAUGGUGAAAGGAGGCAACAUUUUAUGCCUAACUGCGAACUUUUCGCCUUGCAAUGUACCUAACUGCUUGAAUAUAUAUCAUAUUUUUCUGCAUUGAUUUAUUAUUAUAUUGUUGCUGUUGGAUUUUA